AUGCGCCUCUCAUCAUCUUGCUCAACUUGUCGCUCUCGCAAAAAGAAAUGCGUAGCUCUUGCUUCUGGAAAUAUUUGCGCGUUGUGCAUGGCCAAGACACUCCAGUGUGAUCUCAAGGCCCGGCGCAAGUCGGCCAGCUCUCGCCGCCAGCUUGCUCUGCAGAGUGCGGAACAAGAGGUGUCAACGGACAGGCAAACAGCCAACAAAUGUGAUAUAUUGCAACAUUCUGUAUGCGACGAGCUCAUUGAAUUGUAUUUUGACAUGAUCCAUAACAAACAACUCAUUCUAUUCCAUCGGCGCACUUUCCUAGAGCAAAGACGUUCUGGCUCACUCCCUACCUAUCUUCUGCUAGGUGCGUUGGCUGUGGUGGCACGAUUCUCCACAAAUCCAUACUUCAAUGGCAUAGAGCCAACUGCAAGAGCUCGGCCGCUGCUACAUCGCGCAUUGAAGAGUUUUAAUGACCGACAGAUUCCCAUCUCGGUGCAUAGUUUACAAGCAGCCAUCCUGCUAGCGUUCACCUGCUUUGUAGAGGGUGAAAGAGAUGAAGAAGCUUUAUUAAGUGCUCAAGCAGUACGCAUGGUCCAGCUCUUAGAUCUUCCACACAGAUCACCGGCUGGCACGGUUGAGCACGAGAUUGAGAUUAGGCUUUUCUGGCAUGCCCUAAUGAUGGACGUCUGGCACUCUGCUUGCGAGCGAUUACCUCGUCAACUGAUCGCAAAGCCAACUAUACCCCUUCCACUGGAAGAAGAACAGUUUGAAAAUAUGAGCCCCACCGAAGAACGUCAGGUAGUUGGAAUUUUGAUGGAUACUGAUCGAAAUUCUGGCAUUAUGACCAAUGUUACCCGACUCAGCGAGACUUAUGCGGAAAUAAUGCAACUUAAUGAUAUGCUCGUCCACGACCCGUCAUUUGAUUUUCUUCGGGAUCACAAAGUCAUCCAUCUCACUUAUCAGCUCGACGAAUGGCUGAGGACACUUCCAAAGCAUUUGCACAACACGCCAGAAAAUUUGCAAGCAUUUGCAGCACGAAAUCCCGCUGUUCUUGUAGGGCGAAUUACUAUGGGCUACGGCGGUGACUUGAAUGGUCUUGUGCUAGGGUACUAUGUGACCGAGGUCGCCCCAAAAAGUGUCCGAGGAAGAAGCUUAAUCCUGGUGCAACAAUUUGCUAGCACAUUUAUAGCGAUUGCAGGAUACUGGAUUGCGUAUGCCAUUUCCUAUCUACCACAGAACAAAUCGUACAGCUGGAAGGUAGCUCAGUCUUUACAAUUUGCGCCGGCUUUGGUUUUUUUUAUACUCGUCUUCCGACUGCCAGAAUCUCCUAGAUGGCUGGCUGGGAAGUACUUAAAUGACGACGUACCGCUCCUGAAUAGUUUGUCCUACAUUCGGAGUCGGCCCAUGGACCAUCCAGAGGUCUUGAACGAAGCGAAAGAAAUCCGAGAUUACCAGAUUUGGGCUAGUGAGAACGAGUCUACAAGCAUUCUCAAUAUUUUUAAGGAAAAGCGACUUGCUCGACGAAUCGGUUACGCAAUGGUGCCACUGCUUCAGCAACAGCUGUGUGGAGUUGGCGUUCUCACUAUAUAUGCCGCAGUCAUUUACGAGCAGCUGGGACUUUCAACUCAACAUCACGCGUUGCUACUCAACGCUUGUACGCAGAUUCUAUAUGCCGGCGCUGCCUUAGGUUCUUCUUAUUUUGUUGAGAGGCUUGGUAGACGUACUUGCAUUCUGUCUGCAUCUAUGAUCCAAACUCUUGGACUCGUGUGUAUCAGCGGUUUGGCUUUAGGUACUGCAGGUAGUAACAGCACCAACACCGUCGCGAAUGGCUUCAUAGCUACCUUUAUUAUUCUGAACAAUAUGAUUUACUGGCUCUUAGGCACAGGACCAGCUGUCGUCUAUGUCAAUGAAAUUAUGCCAACUCAGUGCCGUGAGCUCGGAGUUGGAAUUGCUAAUAGCAUCCCCAUUGGAGUCGCUGUUGCUCUUGGGCAACAAUGGCCAAAUGCCACUGCAGCGAUCGGUGCUAAGUCGUAUCUUAUUCUUUUGGGGACUUGUGCAUUCGGUACUAUUCUUGUAUAUUUCUUUGUUAAGGAACCAAAAGGACUGUCUAUUGAACGCAUUGAUGCGCUUUUUGGAGAGAACGACCACGUUGAUGAAAUUCAACAAAUGCAGCAGGCCAUUAAAGCGGAUCACGACUUGGAAGUGACUGGGAAGCGAGAGGCUCACAAUCAUGUCAAGAGGGAUGAGGAUGCUUGUGUCCAGGAGAUGCUUGUCUGGGAUUGGGCGCGACAGUUGGAGGCCUUUGCACCUGGGUUUCUAGACUUGAAAGCGCAGGGCCGGGAGGCCAAUUUUGAUCUAGCAAAUCUAGGGAAUCCUGAACCGGAGACCGAGGUUAAGCCGGUGGGGAAAUUACGUACGAUUGAGCAAGAGGUCGGCAUGAUCUACGAGCCAGAACAACCGAUAGCAAUGACUAGCAUUAAUACGAACAGUGUUUCGGAGGAUGAGCGAGUCGGCGGGGACGCGCAACUCGAUUGCGCGGAGACUGCGAACGUAUAG